CAUUUCGAUGACCAACGACUCCCAGCUCUUUACAAUGAUAUUAUGCAUCCCUUCAUUGAGCCUCCAUCGCAUUCCUCAUGAGCUCAAUUUUUCAUUGCAUCAUAUCAAACAGCGGAGAGACGAUUAAUUCUCUCGGAUCCACAUUUCUCUACCUUGUUUUACUUCUCAUAUUUCAUGUUCAACUACUAGGGACCAGCUGGGAUGCAAUGAUGAAUCACUUGUGUGCUGCUUCAUCCUGCGGCGGUAUCCACAACAUAAGCUAUUCAUUUCGAUUGAAAAUAACCGCACUGUUAUGUAUAUGUAUGCCGGCCGUUAUUAUGUGAAGUCAAUCAAUUACAGGCACCAUGUAGAAGAGCAUGAGUACUAUGGUUUCUACGGUGAUAUCACGUUGGUUGACAAUGAGUUGCAAAAGGAUAAUUGCUCAUCCCUCCCUUGUUACUCAUUAGCAAUCUCCAACUUCAGCCAACUUGAUUCCUACGAUCCAUACUAUCGUUCUGGUCUUCUCUCAGUAGCGUCGGUGACCUUCAUGAAGUGCUCAAAGAGGGUUGCUUCUGAUUCGCAUGUGGAUACCAAACCGUGUACCAAGGGAGCAUACUCUGUCGACACGCCUCCUAAUUUCUCCCAAAUGAAGGUGUACUCUUACGUUGUACAUGAGUUUGAUCUCCUAGCACGGGACAUCAAGGAUUCCUGCACAAUAACCAUGAUAGCAUUCGCACCAGGUUAUAUCCGAGAGCAGGAAGGUGAGUGGUAUAGUCGUGUGAGCUCACCAUACAAGGACCUCCACAACAUGAUGACCGACGGAUUCAAACUCUCUUAUGAGGUAGUCAAUCUGCGAGGAAGAACAUUUCGAUUAUGCUUCUUAGGUUUCAGCUACCAAGGGGCUGAGUGCAGUUUUUAUUACUCCCAAAAUUUAAAGGUAGAUGAGGUUACGCUACGUGCAGUUUUGGGUCUUGCCUUCGUCUUGGGCAACUUCCUCGGAGCAAAAUUUAUACUCGAAGCUCCAUGUGUGUUGAUCUUUUUAAUCUUUAAGUGGAGGAAAAGGCACCUAGCAUUGGAUGAAAAUAUCGAAGAAUUCUUACAAACUCAUAACAACUUUUUGCCUAUAAGGUACUCUUACUUUGAUAUUAAGAAAAUCACAAGGAAUUUCAAACACAAGUUAGGUGAAGGAGAAUACGGGUCUUUGUAUAAAGGAAUACUUAGAAGUAGCAAUGAAGUUGCUGUUAAGAUUUUGAACAAAUCAAAAUCUAAUGGCCAAGAUUUUAUAAGUGAAGUGGCUACAAUUGGAAGGAUCUAUCAUGUUAAUGUAGUGCAACUUGUUGGUUUUUGCUUUACAACUCUAAGCAAGCUCUCAUGUACAAUUUUAUGUCGAAUGGUUCUUUAGAUAAGCACAUUUUCCCUAAAGGCGACGACUAUUCUCUUGAUUAUAAGAAAAUAUAUGAGAUCUCUAUUGGUGUGGCUAGGAGGAUAGAAUAUCUUCUACAUAGAUGAUGUGAUAUGCAAAUUCUGCACUCUGAUAUCAAGCCUCACAAUAUUCUUCUGGAUCAAAAUUUCACUCCGAAAAUUUCUGACUUCGGGCUUGCAAAACUUUAUCCCGUGGAUCAAAAUAUAGUGUCAUUAACCGCUACAAAAGGAACCUUAGAAUAUAUGGCUCCCAAGCUAUUCUACAAGGAUAUGGUGGUGUCUCUUACAAAGCUGGUGUUUAUAGUUUUGGGAUGUUGCUGAUGGAAAUGGCCAGUAGGAGGAGAAAUGUAAAUGCAAAUGCUGAUCGUUCAAGCCAAAUUUUUUUCAUUCUUCCAUGUAUGAAUGAAAUGCAAAAUAAAUGUAUUUCUAUCAUAGGCAUCAUUGUGCAUCCUUUGUAAACUCUGUGUUUUGUGGAAGAAUUGCCUAAUGGCUGUCUAUUUAAAUUUCUUGGUUAGUGAGUGCUCUUGAUAUUUACAUUUCUCCUGACCUUCUCUCUCCUCCUCAAGUCCUGCAUUCGUUCCCGCGCGUCGGCUCUUGCGAGGCACGUCCCUGGUGCCCGCGCUCGCCCGGUCCGUGCUACUCGGUGAUUCUCUCUACUAAUGCAAUGACUGAGCUGAGGCGGAGAGGACUUUUAGGGACAUGGGUCAUGAAAAGUGACUUGCUUUCUAGGGGCUCCAUGGACUGUGGAGUUUGAAGCGAUUGAUACUUGCGUUCAUUUGCUUGAAGAUGGUUCUUUUCUUCUUCUUUUUUUCCCGAAGGAUUAUUUUUCAGCGGCAGUUCUUUGGGCUUGUGCAAUUCCGUAGAAUGCAUCAAUUUGUGGUCCAGAUUUCCAGUGUAUAAUUAAAAGCGGAUGUCUGAUUUUUAUGUGUAUUUUGGGUGUGCAUUCAUUAACAUAUUUGCAAAGGGUGGUGCUGAUUUGGUUUCA